AUGCGCUUUGUGGGUCAAAGUGGCGACGUGGCCCGUUCCGCCGUGAAGACGCAGCGCGAGUUGAAGAAGAAACGCGAUGCACUGCGCAAGGUGCAGAAGACAAUCAGGUCGGGUGGCAGUGGCGCCGAGGUCGCCGCCGCUAUGGAGCAGGAAGCGGCACUGCUCGCUGAGAUUGGCCACCUCGAAGUCCUGAGCGAGGCAUCGUCGGCUCCGUCGACAGCGCACGUUGCGGCCGCCCCUUCCACCUCGACCCCUGCGACGGCUGCGGCCUCGCCAGCAGCCUUGGCCACCGUCACAAUCAACAAGAGCAGCGACGCCAAAGCGGUGAGAGGCGGCGAACCUGCCAAAGAGAUCACUGCGGAGGAGCGGGCGGCGUCAGCGAAGAGACUGCACGACCUCGUUCAAGGUGCCAUGGAUGCCAACCGCCUCAAGUGCCUGCACGUUCUACCGCGCGACGCCGUCGUGCACCCCCGCAUCGCCGAGGUAGCUGUGCUGAUGGAGCAGAUGCUUCUUGUCGGCGGCAGUGCGCGUGCCUUGGCGCUCAUCUCCGCCUUCCGCGAGCUGAGUCGCGCAACCACCGUCCUCGCCGUGCCCUCGCUGAACGAGGUGGACACCACCGCGUUUGAAAAGCUCAUCCAGAUCAACUUUGACUUUGUGCGCCGCAAGCGUGAGGCCUCCGCCGGCAUGCGCCACGUGAAGGAAGUGCUCGUGCGCCGCUUCGUCGCGUUGCGGGACGAGGUAAUUCACCCAAAGCCGAACAUGGUUGACCUCAUCAAGGACCUCGGCGGUCCGCGUGAGGUGACGCUGAGGAUACUGGACGUCAUUGAGGCCGAGCUGAAGAUGUCGUUCAAGAGCAUUGUAGAGGAUCGCUCGCUGCCGUACGUCUCGAGCAGCGACACUAUCUUAGUGUUUGGCCGCAGUAGUCUGGUCGAGUACAUCCUGUUGUCCCGCUCGCGUGAUCCACAGUGCAAGCCGAAGCGCGUCAUUGUGAUCGACUCUGCGCCACUCUUUGAAGGCCGGCAGCUGGCUGAGAAGCUCUCGAGCGCCGGCAUUGGCGUGACGUACGGUCUCAUCACGGCAUGCUGCACAUUGAUGCCUAAGUGCACGCGCGUGUUCAUGGGGGCUUCGGCUGUGCUGCAGAAUGGUGACAUGUUUGGCCGCUGCGGCAUGGCGCUCGUGGCGGCUUGCGCGAAGCUGUUCCGCAAGCCUGUGCUGUGCUUUAGUGAGAGUUACAAGUUUGUGCCAGAGGUGUGGGUGGGCAACUUGGCACAGAACACAAAACUUGCGGACAUGCGGCCUGCCGCGGAGGUGCACGGCAGUGACACAGGCACGCACAGCCCGCUUAUAUACCCCACUCCACGCACGCUAUCCCCUCCUCAGCUACGUGUCUCUGGGGGUUGGGGUACACCGGCGCGCGGUGCCGACUUCCUUACACGCAGCGGCGGCGGUGGUGCGACCCCGUUCUCGUCGAGUGCCUCCGGCUACCUUUACGAUCUGACGCCUGCCUCGUACGUAGACAUGAUCAUCUGCGAAAUGGGGUGCCUUCACACGUCUGCCAUCGUGGCAGCUAUUAAGGAUCGCGAAGGCCGCGACACGUCGCAGCUCGUGAAUCUUGUUCGGGGAUGA